AUGAACAUGAGUGAACGCGCGCACGCGGCGGCGCCCGACGUGGACGCGGAGCGCGAGCGGCGGGAGGACGAGGAGGACGACGAUCUCAUGGAGCGGCUCGAGCGGCGGAGGGGCGCCGACAGCACUCGCAUGAGGCCGAGUCAGAUCUACUUUGAGUUUGCGAGGGUCGCAUCCGAGGAGCAGCUCGAGCGCUUCGAGCAGUACAAGCGCUCGAAGCUCCCGCGCGCCGCCAUGCGAAAGCUGAUGCAGGACGUCGUCGGCAGCUCGACCGAGCGCUGCGCCAUCAUCCUAUCCUCGCUCGUUGUCCCCGAAGUUGAGAAUCCGGUUCCGUUGGCCUCUUUGUAG